GUGUGGCCGUCGCAAGGCCAGCCACCCAGACUCCCUUCACUCCGCCCCGACCCGACCCACACCUUGGUAAUACAUGUGCAGCGGCGGCAGGGCCAUGGCGAGGAGGUGCUGCUGCUGCUGCUGCUAGGUAGGUAGGUAGGUAGGGUUUCUUUCGGCCUGGAACAAGAAGACCGUACGACGCCGACGACGAGGAGAAGGAGGAGCGUCCAGGGGCGGAUCUGCUAGCGUCUUUCCGUUGCAGGAGGCCGAACGUCGCAAGGAGGCAGGCAUGGAGCACUACACCAUGAGGCUCAGCGCGGGCGGAGGGGCCACGCCCACCCAGCAGCAGCAGCAGCAGCUCUGCCCCUGGGGAGAGCCCCUGAUGGUGGCGGCGCCUGACCGAAGGUCGAGGUUCUGGCAGAUGGACGUGGCCGUGGCGGCACAGCCGGCCCGCAUCGAGGUCAUAUGCCCGCUGCCGCGACGCCCGGCCCGUCCUCCACACCCCGUCGAGCCCUUCGGCAGGGCCACCUCCAGGCCUAACAACGGGACGCUACCGGUGUAUAGAACAGACUCCGCCUCUGAUAUCCUUGAUCUCAUCCUCAGCAAGAAUGACCCUGAUGUUGAUACCGAUUCCAACGGCCAGGCGGGCUUUUUCUGUGGCUCGCCUCCCGUCCGCACUAACAACCCCAUUGUGAAUGAUCCGCAGUUUGGUAGGAAUACCCCCUGUUUUUCUCCUCUAGGGAGCCCAUUCAGCAAGAUGCUUGGUGGAAGAGCUGAAGUAGGCUCUCCGUCUUGCGGGGCGAGUAGUAGCCCGAAAGUGAGGAUUGAAGGCUUUGCCUGCGGGAACAAAGAGAACCAUUGUGCAGUCACCUUUGCCUGAGAGCAUUUUCGCCAUACCACCAAUUCACCAUUGACCAUUAGCGCCAUUUUGCACCCGCACCCCCCCCCCCCAACAUGUAAAUUUUCCGCCCCCGAGAUACAGCUAGUCCCUUUAAUCCUAAGCUAAGCUAGUAGUACCUAUUCGAGUCAGAGUUUAUCUAGUUGAGUUGAGUUGAGUCCUCAUCGUCGCCCGCCUGGUUGUCGCUUUUGAAACUGCGCAAUCGCAGAGAGCUUUCGGUUAUGUACAUAGGCGAGGUCUCCCGUCCGUUGUGUCCUGUAUCUACAUCUUGUGUAAUGUGUGUGUGUCUUGUGUCUAGCAAGUGUCCCCAGUCCAUGGGUGUGUUCAGAGUCUAGCAAGUGUCCCAGUCCAUGGUGUGUUCAGAGUCUGUAAAUACCGUCUGCCCUGCAUUCAGAUGCAUAAUUAAGAAACUAUUAUAUUAUUAUAUUAAAUCCUCUUUGUUCCUGUGGUA